AUGCAUAAGCAGUCGACUCCACGAAAAAUCCGUGUAUUGGAUGGUUCUUUCAGCGCAGAACUGACAAAUGUCGUCAGCGGUUUCUUCAACACGGAAAGACCGAAUUGGACCUUUGAUGCUGUUCUAUAUGAGCCAGAAGCGGUUGAGAUGGUUCACAAAAGAUUCAUUGACGCUGGUGUUGAUGACAUUGAAACGAAUACGUACCACGCGUCCCUGUCAUCUCUCGAACAGCAAGGCCUUAACGGUUCGGAGCUCAUUAAGAAAGCUGUGAACCUUCUGAAAGAGACCGUGAAUAAGUGCUGUCCCACAAGGGACAUACGAUUGUGGGGUUCCAUUGGAUCGUACGCGAUUUGCUUUCGUGGACAAGCAGCGGAAUAUACAGGAUUUUUUGUAGAUAUCCCGGGACCGCCGGACAUUUUGAAGGAAAUGACUCUAUAUCAUGGAAAACAAAUUGAAGCCAUGAUGAAUGCCGGAAUCUCCAAUUUGAUUUUUGAAACGAUAAGCUCUCUCAAGGAGGCGCAGGCCAUAUGUGAUGCUUUGAAAACCCACAAUAAUGUGAAGGCCAUCAUCUCGUUCACUUGUCGUCGAGACGGCUUAUCUCUUCGUCAUGGAGAAUCAUUCGAAAGUGCUGUGAGACUUGUUUUAGAGAAUACAAAGGUUGUCGGUUUUGGCAUCAACUGCACUCAUCCGAGCGCGGUCUCUUCCCUGCUCAAGUCGUUGCGUUCUAUUCAGCAGGAUAAGGAAGUCUUCGUGUAUCCCAAUAGUGGAAAACACGAAUCGAAUGGAGGUGAAGUUAACCCAAUGGACAUUUUUCUGAGCUCAAUGAAGGAAUGGGUUGAACUUGGUGCUACAGCAAUCGGCGGAUGUUGCGGUAUUGAUGCCCAAGGCAUUGGCUGCAUCAGAGAGAAGGUCAACGAGUUGAACACAACCAUGCUGCACUGA